GUCCCGUUACCCAUCCCAAACUGUGGAUGCUCAUUGCUCAGUAGAGGUCCUGAGCGUCGCUCGUGCCCUUUCGGCUUUCGCCAUCCUCAUCGCCUCGAGUUCCUCCACCGUCGGCCACCCUAUCAAGAUCAGUAUGGCUACCGUUCGAAGUUUGAAGAUCAAGACAGCAACUUGCAAGCGUAUCCUUAAGGAGCUCCGUUCGUAUGAGAAGGAAGUCGAGAAAGAAGCUGCCAAAACUGCCGAUAUGAAAGAAAAAGGAGCUGAUCCUUACGAUCUAAAACAACAGGAGAAUGUGUUGGCAGAAUCAAGAAUGAUGAUCCCUGAUUGCCACAAACGACUUGAAGCUUCUCUUUCUGAUCUAAAAGGAAUAUUGGCAGAGUUGAAGGAACAGAAUCUGCAAGGAGCGGAGAUCGACGAAGGUGACAGCACGGUCGUGGAAGUGGAAGCUUUUUUUAGAGUGGCAGAUGAGUAGCACUAUGAACUAAUAUGUAUGCUACUAUAACGUUUGACAUUGUCUUAUGCUGAUUGUCUUGGUACCUUUUGGGCAUUGACUACUACUUUGAGUUUGCAAUAUCAUCUUUCUAUGGA